AUGGAGCAGCAGCACAUGGGCUGUUUUGUCUCACGAGCAAAUCUACCGGUGAUCUCCUAUCAAAAGCUGACGGAUUUACAUUACCUGAGCAAUGGUGGUUUCGGAAGCGUGUUCAAGGCACAGCAUUCCGAUUGGCGGACCACCGUUGCCAUCAAGGGCCUGAAAUUGGAUUCUCCUGUUGGCGAAAGGGAGAGGAAUUGCCUGCUGGAGGAGGCGGAAGUGCUCCACAAGGCCAGAUUCAACUACAUCAUCCAGAUCUUUGGCGUGUGCAACGAGCCUGAGUUCUUCGGCAUCGUCACCGAGUACAUGAGCAAUGGCUCGCUGGAUCAGCUGCUUCACGAGAAUAACCUUUACCCCCUGCUGGCCUGGUCGUUGAGGCUGCGUGUCCUGUACGAGAUAGCUCUGGGGGUGAACUUCCUACACAACAUGACCCCCCCCCUCCUGCACCACGACCUCAAGACACAGAACAUUCUGCUGGAUGGAGAGUUUCAUAUCAAGAUAGCAGACUUUGGCCUGUCUAAGUGGCGCCAGCUGUCGAUCAGUAAAGGCUCGGGAUCCAAGCCACCUGAGAUGGGAGGCACCAUCAUCUACAUGCCCCCAGAGGAGUACGAACCCUCCAAGAACCGCUGUGCAGUCGUCAAACACGACAUCUACAGUUACGCUAUCAUUAUGUGGGAGGUGCUAUCCAGGAGGAUACCAUUUGAAGAGGCAACCAACCCCAUGCAGGUCAUGUUCAGCGUACUGCGUGGGAUACGUCCCGACAUAGGCCUGGACUGUCUACCAGGGGACAUCCCCAGCAGGGAGACACUCAUCAACCUCAUGACCUGCGGCUGGACCGCCAACCCUGACGAACGGCCCUGCUUUUUCAUGUGUGUGAUAGAGCUGGAGCCAAUGCUGAGGAGGUUUGAUGAAAUUGACAUCCUGGAGGCCGUGCUGGAGGUCAAGAAGUCAAAGCUGAUGAGGAGGGCAGGCUGCUACUCUGCCACACCCGUGGCGGGUGAGAAGGGGAGGGAGGAGAAGAUUUUAAACAUUCUGAAGGACAACCCCAGUCCCUGGCAAGGAAGCUCUUGGUCUUGCUCCUCCCAGGACACGGACAUCUCCCGACCGAGCUCCCUCACUAGCACCAAUGCCCCACCUUUUAAAGAAGUAUCCCUCACGUCGUUCAUAUCCCACAACCUGGAGCCCCUCAGAAAGCAGACCCUAGAGGACAACCACCUCAACGACUACCCCCAGAGUGCCAGGCCGCUGAAUAACCUCAAUAUUCCCCUCAAACCAGGCCUACCGGAGACGGAGUGUGUGAUGCACCUGGACAACCUCACCCUGAAGUCACAGCCAUACCAACCACAGCCAGAUUUCACCCUGCCAUCAAACCCCCUCUGCUUGGGCCCCAUGGCAUGCUGGAUCGCGGCACGGCGCGAGGAAAUCGUCUCCAAGAUGACUGAGGCCUGCCUGAACCAGAGCCUGGACGCUCUGCUUGCAUGCUCUCUCCUGAUGCACGAGGACUAUGAGCUGGUGGUGAACCGGGCCACGCGCACUGCCAAGGUCCGCCAGCUCCUUGACACCUGCCACCGUCACAGCGAGGACUUCUGCCGCGUGGUGGUCCGCAAACUCAAGGACAGCAAGCAACUGGGCCUGCAGCCAUACGCCCCAGAGCUCGGCUCCCUUGUGGCCGCACCAAACACCAGCACACCCCCACUCUCGGUGUCCGACAAUAACCCAAGGAAUUACUGGGACAGAACUAGUCCAGAGAAGACCAGAGACCAGAAAGACUAUAAACUGUAAAAUACUUAGCUCAUUGAGCUACUGUAGGUGGUGGAAAAAUACCCUACUGUCUCUUAGUCCUGGGUCAUUUUCAUUAGGCAACACAUGGAAGAAAACUAACUCAAACUGAAUAGACUACCUGAAUGUUUUCCUUUGCACAAUUUUUUUUGAAACUUUUUGCUACAGUGUGCCCUAAUGAAUAUGACCCUGGGUCAUACUGUGAACUUUGACCUUAGUGGGGGAUGGUAAAGCCCAGCUGUCUCUCACAUUGCUCAUGGUGGUACCCACUCACACAGAGCAAAACUGUAUGUUGCUACUGUUCAUCAAACUGUUGAGCAAAAAUACUUGAAGGUAAAACUACCUUUUGAAAAACAAAAUCCCAUCAUCUUCAGAAACAUUCCCGUUCUCUAAAAAGCAGAGGAUGGGUUGGGAUUGACAAUCAAAAUCCGUUAGUAAUUAAUCCAGGCUUUGAAUAAUUAUAUAAUUAUAAUUAAUAAAAUUAUAAUUAUAUUAUGGAUUUCAGAACAUUUGUCUGGUAAAUAAUUUUGUUCUCUCAAAACAUUCCCUUUGUUCUGAGUGAUUGGGGUACAGGCCCUGGAGUCUUGAGUUCUGCUUCUAUGCAUCCUUCUGUUCUCUCCCCUCGGCACGGUUUUAUCCAGAGAAAUAUAUCCAGACAGACUGUAACAUCAUACUCAUCUACAGUAUGGCUCUGGUUUUACUAUUAUUUUCAGUGGACAGUUUAGACUCAUCUGUAGCUCUCCGGGUCCGAUAAGAUACUCGACUGGAGUUCUGCCGUGUUGAGGUCACUGUAGCUCUCCAGGUCCGAUAAGAUACUCGACUGGAGUUCUGCCGUGUUGAGGUCACUGUAGCUCUCCAGGUCCGAUAAGAUACUCGACUGGAGUUCUGCCGUGUUGAGGUCACUGUAGCUCUCCAGGUCCGAUAAGAUACUCGACUGGAGUUCUGCCGUGUUGAGGUCACUGUAGCUCUCCAGGUCCGAUAAGAUACUCGACUGGAGUUCUGCCGUGUUGAGGUCACUGUAGCUCUCCAGGUCCGAUAAGAUACUCGACUGGAGUUCUGCCGUGUUGAGGUCACUGUAGCUCUCCAGGUCCGAUAAGAUACUCGACUGGAGUUCUGCCGUGUUGAGGUCACUGUAGCUCUCCAGGUCCGAUAAGAUACUCGACUGGAGUUCUGCCGUGUUGAGGUCACUGUAGCUCUCCAGGUCCGAUAAGAUACUCGACUGGAGUUCUGCCGUGUUGAGGUCACUGUAGCUCUCCAGGUCCGAUAAGAUACUCGACUGGAGUUCUGCCGUGUUGAGGUCACUGUAGCUCUCCAGGUCCGAUAAGAUACUCGACUGGAGUUCUGCCGUGUUGAGGUCACUGUAGCUCUCCAGGUCCGAUAAGAUACUCGACUGGAGUUCUGCCGUGUUGAGGUCACUGUAGCUCUCCAGGUCCGAUAAGAUACUCGACUGGAGUUCUGCCGUGUUGAGGUCACUGUAGCUCUCCAGGUCCGAUAAGAUACUCGACUGGAGUUCUGCCGUGUUGAGGUCACUGUAGCUCUCCAGGUCCGAUAAGAUACUCGACUGGAGUUCUGCCGUGUUGAGGUCACUGUAGCUCUCCAGGUCCGAUAAGAUACUCGACUGGAGUUCUGCCGUGUUGAGGUCACUGUAGUAUCAUUGUAUUUUGGGUAUUUCUUCACCACUGCCUUUCCGAGCCAUGUUUUUAUUUCUCUUGUAGACUGUGCACUUUCUGUUCAUAGGAGCUUUAGUCGACAUAGGAUGGGUCAAAACUGUUGAGGCCUUAUCUCUUUAUAUGAUAUGUACAUCCCCAUCGAGAAGAAAAAGAAACGCACACCUAUUAAGGCGAGGCGCUGGCUCGCGGAUUAGAAAACUUGAAAAUAAAGGAGAGCCGCACACUCUAGGAGCUCAGAUGCAAAAAUGUCAUAUCCGACAGGGUAUAAUCAUCAGGGUGUAAUCAUCAGGGUGUAAUCAUCAGGGUGUAAUCAUCAGGGUGUAAUCAUCAGGGUGUAAUCAUCAGGGUAUAAUCAUCAGGGUAUAAUCAUCAGGGUGUAAUCAUCAGGGUGUAAUCAUCAGGGUAUAAUCAUCAGGGUAUAAUCAUCAGGGUGUAAUCAUCAGGGUGUAAUCAUCAGGGUAUAAUCAUCAGGGUAUAAUCAAACACUGCGAGAUGGCUCGUUUAUAUUGUGUCAAAAGACACACGGGUGUCUGUAAUCAUGACCAAGAGUGGCCUAAUAUCCAUUGGUUAAUUCUCAAAUAUUAAAAUUGCAUACAAAUAACAGCAUACAAAAAACAAAUGGAUAGCAUACGAUCAUGAAUUAAUUUUAGACUACACAAGCUUACAAACAAUUACAAUGGCAAAGUCACAAUAAUCAGGUCUCAACGUAGACUUUGAUCUGAAGCCAUUAUUGUGACUUUGCCAUUGUAAUUGGCCACACCAGAUACUGACUGUUACUUUUGAUUUUGACCCCCCUUUGUUCAGGGACACAUUAUUCCAUUUCUGUUAGUCACGUGUCUCUGGAAUUUGUUCAGUUUAUGUCUCAGUUGUUGAAUCUUAUGUUCAUACAAAUAUUUACACAUGUUAAGUUUGCUGAAAAUAAACGCAGUUGACAGUGA